AUGCUGUCAAGAGGAGUGAAGUACAAGUUAUUGGAGGAUGGCGAUGGUGACCCCAGUCCGGAGCUGGUGUCCGUGCGCCUCCCCAUCCAUGGCAUGACCUGCCAGUCCUGUGUGAGGAGCAUCGAGGGAUCGGUCAGGGAACUGCCGGGAAUACACUACGUUAAGGUGGAGCUGUCAGAGAAGGCUGGUUACUUCAAGUAUGACCCCAGCGCGUGCUCCGCGGACAGCAUCCGCUCUCAUAUAGAAGAUAUGGGCUUCGACGUUACGGACAAUAGCGACGGAGAGACGAGGAACCUCCUAAACCCAGAGAUCCCCACCGACACGCUGAUAGACAUGAGCACGGACGCCAGCCUGCUGCUCGCUGUGGUGGGGAUGACCUGCCAGUCGUGCGUCGACUCCAUACAGGGUGCCCUCAAAGCCUUGCCAGGUGUAACCAGGUGUACCGUCAGUCUGUCCCAGGGUACUGUCCAGGUGAGCUUCACUUCCGGUGACGUCACACCGGAAGACAUCCGGGACACCGUGUACAACCUCGGCUUCGACGUGGACAUCAUCACCAUCACCGACAAAGAUACAAAGACGAAGGACCAGGGCGGCUCCGGGGACAGAAGGAAGGGCCCGGGAGGGGGGGAGGUGGCCAGGAAAACCAAUGGUAACGUGCCAACAGAGAUAUCAAGAUGUACCCUGGAGGUAAAGGGGAUGACGUGCGCCUCGUGUGUAGCGGCUAUAGAGAAACAUUGUGCUAAAUUAACGGGUGUCCAUUCGAUAGUGAUAGCCUUAUUGGCGGCUAAAGCCGAGGUCCGUUACGAGCCGGCUAAGAUAUCCGCAGCGGCUAUAGCCGACUCCAUCACUGAACUGGGAUUUACCUCCGAACUCAUCAGCGACAGCGGCGCGCCGAAGGAUUUGAACUUAUUAAUCAAAGGCAUGACGUGUGCGUCGUGUGUCAACAAAAUAGAGAAAUCUCUGAUGAAGCUGAGCGGAGUGGUUUCUUGCUCCGUGGCACUAACUACCAGCAAGGGUAAAGUCAAGUAUGACCCCGAAGUGAUCGGCGCGCGUCGCAUAUGUGACGCUGUGGGGGACCUCGGGUUUGAAGCGAGCGUAGUCGGGUCACAACACAAGGGCACCGCCAACUAUUUGGAGCACAAAGAAGAAAUCCGUCGUUGGCGCAACGCGUUCCUCGUGUCCUUAAUAUUCGGCGCGCCGUGCAUGGCGGCUAUGACGUACUUCAUGUUGGGUAUGACCCACCACUCCGCCAGAGACAUGUGUUGCGUGUUACCAGGACUCAGUCUUGAGAAUCUUCUGCUGUGGCUGCUAGCUACCCCUGUGCAGUUUAUCGGCGGCUGGCAUUUCUAUAAACAAGCGUACAAGGCGUUGAGACACGGAACGUCAAACAUGGAUGUACUUAUAUCUAUGACUACUACUAUAAGUUAUUUAUAUUCCGUGGGCGCAGUGGGCGCGGCCAUGGCGCUACAGAAGGACACGAGCCCGCUCACGUUUUUCGACACGCCGCCCAUGUUACUAGUGUUUGUAUCGCUAGGCAGAUGGCUAGAACAUAUAGCUAAGGGUAAGACAUCUGAAGCGUUAUCAAAGUUGUUAUCUCUGAAGCCUACGGAGGCUGUUCUCGUGACUCUGGACCCUGAGGGACGCGAGGUCUCCGAGAAGAACAUACCAGUAGACCUUGUGGAGAGGGGAGACAUACUCAAGGUUGUUCCGGGUGCUAAAAUCCCAGUAGACGGGAAGGUGAUCUCCGGCCAGAGCACGUGUGAUGAGUCUCUUAUAACGGGAGAAUCCAUGCCAGUCGCUAAGACUAAAGAUUCUUUAGUGAUAGGAGGCAGUAUGAAUCAACACGGAGCGUUGUUAGUAAGAGCUACACACACGGGCGAGGCGAGCACACUGGCGCAGAUAGUGAGGCUUGUUGAGGACGCGCAGAGCAGCAAGGCGCCCGUACAGAGACUGGCUGAUACUAUCGCCUCUUACUUCGUGCCAAUGGUUGUGUUCCUGUCGCUACUGACGCUCGUCUGCUGGACCAUCAGCGGCGCGCUCGACGUGGAGCGGAUCAAGGCCAUCACUCCGGAGAUCUACCGUGACGCGGGUUUCUCAGACUGGGAGCUGAUCGUACAGACGGCCUUCCACUUCGCAUUAUCAGUGUUGGCCAUCGCGUGUCCGUGCGCGCUGGGUCUGGCCACGCCCACGGCCGUCAUGGUGGCCACGGGUGUGGGCGCGCGGCUAGGACUGCUCAUUAAGGGGGCGGAGCCUCUAGAAAACGCUCACAAAGUGAAAACAGUGAUAUUCGACAAGACAGGCACUGUCACGCGGGGCGACACAUCCGUGGCAAGAGUGUCUAUACUGACAGGCGACCCCUCUACACUACCGGAAGUCAUCACGUGUAUACUGACAGCGGAGCUGAAUAGUGAACAUCCGGUCGCUUCCGCUAUCGUACGAUGGUGUACAAGCGUGGUGGGCUCCCCACGAGCGAUAGUCCGAGGCUUCACCGCGGCGCCGGGCUGCGGGUUGCGGGCACGCGUGUUACUCACUGAACGGCCACCGGGACUAGAUAAAGAUGGCGUCCUGUCACAAUUGGGCGGAGUCCCCGUGGAAUUUGUGGGCGGGGAGGGGGACGCUGCUUUAAGCUCCGCCCAGGCCGCUGCGAGGUUACAAAGGGUCAUUAAGGCUGCUGAGCAAGGAGAGGAAGUGGAGCAAGUAGUGCUUAUAGGGAACAGGGAGUGGAUGCACAGGAACGGAGUGACGGUACCGAGGAGGGUGCAGGAACAGCUGAGGAAUGACGAGGAAUUGGGGAGGACGGCUGUACUGGUCGCUAUUAACGAGCAGCUGGUGUGCACGAUCGGUGUGUCAGACCAGGUUAAGCCCGAAGCGCAUCUAGCCGUGUACUGUCUGAAGAAAAUGGGGCUUGAGGUGUGUCUACUGACGGGAGAUAAUAAGAAGACGGCUGCCGCUAUAGCGAGACAGGUUGGAAUCAAUAAAGUUUUCGCGGAGGUUCUACCAUCACACAAAGUGGCUAAAGUCCAAGAAUUACAGGAUAAAGGACAGAAAGUUGCUAUGGUUGGUGACGGUGUGAACGACUCCCCGGCGCUGGCUCGAGCUGAUGUCGGUGUAGCGAUAGCCAGCGGGACCGAUGUGGCUGUGGAGGCCGCUGAUUUAGUGCUUAUGAGGAGUGACCUCCUGGACGUAGUGUCCUGCCUCCAGCUGUCCCGGGUGACCGUACGUCGUAUUCGUAUGAACUUCGUGUUCGCGUCCGUAUACAACCUGCUGGGGAUACCGCUGGCUAGCGGGGCGUUCGCUCUGUACGGACUACAGCUACAGCCUUGGAUGGCAUCCGCUGCUAUGGCUAUGAGCUCCGUGUCUGUGGUGUGUUCCAGUCUACUGCUGAAGACCUUCAAGAAGCCGACGAUGGAACAGCUGAAAACUCCAGAGUAUCUACAGUCACUACACCUGGAACAAAUGGAACAAAUGGAGGCGGUGACUGUACAUAGAAUGGAUGACAAGACGGAACAGGAUAAAGGAACACCACUGGCCAAGUUAUUCCGCAGCAAGCCCAACGAAGACUUCCUACUGCGCGAAGAGGACGACCUGCUGACCGUGUCUUUCAUACCGAAGAGGUCGAGCUAG